GAUGCAAUAAUAUAUAUUCAAGGAGCUAGAAAUCGUCUGCUUUAUAAAUUUUGCCUCUUUUCAGCGGCUCUUCAUCUCAAUUCAACCUCUUCUGUCUUCUUACCUUUUUCUUUUUCUAGUUUUGCAGGGAGGACGGAGCAGGAGAACCGCAAGUUCCAUGAUUCCCUCGCCCCGCCAAUCCAAUACCUUUAAUCCAACUCAAACACCUCCAUAGCCAACACAAAAUCCAAUCAUAAAAAUCCCACCUUUUGUGAUAUUUUCAGCCAGACUCCUGCUUUUUUUCUCUUCUCAGAAUACUCCUCCGUUGUCAGCCAUGGCAGCCGUGCUUCCUCCGCUUCUCCGAAACCCCACAAACAUCGGUGGGUCGAGAGGCGAGCCGGCCCUUUUAAGCUCCGUGAGUUCUCAUGGGGUUUUCGAGGAGGAAGAAGGGGAAGAGCUCUCCUUUUUGGCUAUUUUACUUGCGGUUUUAAGGAAAUAUCUGGUUAGUUGCAUGUCUUUGAAAGAGGGUGCUGUUUCUUCGAUGGAGAUCGGAUGCCCAACUGAUGUACGCCACGUAGCUCAUGUAACCUUCGAUCGCUUUCAUGGAUUUCUUGGAUUGCCGAUUGAAUUUGAGCCCGAGGUGCCCCAACGAGCGCCGAGCGCUAGUGUGAAUGUGUUUGGAGUGUCAGCAGAGUCUAUGCAAUGCUCAUUGGAUCCCAGAGGAAACAGUGUCCCAACAAUACUCUUGCUUAUGCAAAGACGCCUCUAUCAACAAGGGGGACUUCGGGUAGAAGGAAUAUUCAGAAUCACAGCAGAGAAUAGUCAAGAGGAGCAUGUUAGGGACCAGCUAAAUAAUGGAAUUAUCCUUGAUGGCAUUGAUGUGCACUGUCUCGCAGGAUUAAUCAAGGCCUGGUUCAGAGAACUUCCAGCUGGGGUGCUCGAUUAUCUUGAACCUGAGGUGUUGAUGCACUGCCAAUCAGAAGAAGAAUGCACUCGCCUUAUGAAACUCCUCCCACCAACUCAGGCUGCUCUCCUGGAUUGGGCAAUUAAUCUGAUGGCUGAUGUUGUACAGGAAAAGCAGCGGAACAAGAUGAAUGCUCGCAACAUUGCGGUAGUGUUUGCGCCGAACAUGACUCAGAUGGCUGAUCCCAUGACUGCCAUAAUGCAUGUUGUACAUGUAAUGAAUUUUCUCAAGAUGCUAAUUGUGAGAACUGUUAAAGAAAGAGAGGAAGCCACUUCUGACUAUGCUUCAGUUGCCUCUUUAUGGCCUGAUGAUGAUGAUGAUAAACAGCCAAGUGUGAAGCUCAGACUGGAAGAUAGAAGGGGAAUAGACUCAGAAGAGACUGAAAAAACAGUUUUCCUGCCACAUGAAACAUCUGUGGAAGGUCCAUCCGAAGAUUCAACGGUUCAAAGUUCUCAAGCCUCAUGGAACAAAUUAGUUUCACAGGAGCUCCAUGAGGUCCCUCUGCGCUCAGAUGGCUUUGCAACUAAAGUGCAGAAAGUUGUGUUAGCUGAGGAAAAAUGUAAGAGAAGAGCGAGCAAGUUGAGUAAUUUGAAUGUUAAGAGAGGAAGAAGAAGAUCCAAGGGGCAAUCACUGGAUCAAGCUGUAGUUAUGGUUGAGAAAUUAAAGGGCACUAGGAUCAUGAACAAUAUAAACUCGAGGGCUGAGCGCGAGGCAGAACGAGUCGAAGUAUGGAGGUAAAUGAAGGAUCUUAGUGCUGUCAUCUUUGCUGCAAGAGCAAGCACUGGUAUUCCUCUCACUCAUUAUUGAUCUGUGUCUUCUCACAUCAGUUUAAGGUAACAAAGAGAAAGUUUGUUGUUUUGCUUUUCCAUGGCAUCUCUAUUGUAUUGAUGGUUGGGAUAUUUCAAAAAUGUUUCUUGAGGGUGGUAUAACACAUGUUGGCAUUUUGCAAACUUAAAUUUCUAAUUUGUUUUUCAUUUCU